GCGGCGCCGGGCGAGGGGCCGUCGUGGGCGGGCGGCGGGCCGGCGCGGCCGCGCAGCACGAGCCUGGGCGCGGGCGCGGGGCGGCUGCGCCGGUUCGGCUGGGACGGCAGCAUGGCGGCCCGCGGGCUGCUGGAGGCCGGCCUGGCGCGGGUGCUCUUCUACCCGUCGCUGCUCUACACGGUGUUCCGCGGCAAGCUGCCGGGCCCGGCGCACCGCGACUGGUACCACCGCAUCGACCGCACCGUGCUGCUGGGCGCGCUGCCGCUGCGGGGCAUGACGAGCCGGCUGGUGCAGGACGAGAACGUGCGCGGGGUGAUCACCAUGAACGAGGAGUACGAGACGCGCUUCCUCUGCAAUUCCUACAAGGAGUGGAAGAACGCAGGCGUGGAGCAGCUGCGGCUCAGCACCGUGGACAUGACGGGCAUCCCCACCCUGUCAAACCUCCAGAAAGGUGUUCAGUUUGCUCUCAAGUACGAGUCGCUGGGCCAGUGCGUCUAUGUGCACUGUAAGGCGGGCCGUUCCCGGAGUGCCACCAUGGUGGCUGCGUAUUUGAUUCAGGUGUACAAGUGGAGUCCAGAGGAGGCCGUGGACGCCAUCACCAAGAUCCGGUCGCAUAUCUACAUCAGACCAGGCCAGCUAGAGAUCCUCAAACAGUUCCACAAGGAGAUCACUUCAGGGGCAGCAAACAGUGAGACUUUUCACAACGCACAGACAUGAAGUACAUGGAUUAGAAAGAGUUCGAGAUAACCUUGCUUGCUACAGAAAAAGUUUAAUACGACCAAAGGGAUUUUAAGCCGCAAUAUGACAUAGCAGAAGUGUGCUAAGUCAUGGCUAAUUCUGUUCCCUUUAUCUUGUUUCAUUUUCCUGAAUUAAAAGUUGUGUGGAUAGAAA